UCAAUGUGUCAUUAAAUGAGCAGUUAUACUAGUGCCUACUGGGAUCAACUUUGGCCUCCGGCUUUAGCCAGAGAGUACCCAAAUCACCCAAAAGAAGAAGAAGCUAUGUUUGUGGAGAAGAGAGGUAGCUCAGCCAUGGACGUCCUGGGGCAAAGAGCUCAUGAGGACGACGACGGGACUGCCAGCGGCAUGCGCACUGCCGAGACAAUGCUGCGUCUGGUCCCCAUGGCUCUGUGCGUCGCGGCACUCGUCGUCAUGCUCAAAAACUCUCAGACCAGCGACUAUGGUUCCCUUUCCUACUCCGACCUCGGAGCAUUCAGGUAUUUGGUGCACGCCAAUGGAAUCUGUGCUGGCUAUUCCCUUCUUUCAGCAAUCGUUGUAGCCAUGCCUCGCCCCUCCACCAUGUCGCGUGCAUGGACCUUCUUCUUACUUGACCAGAUACUCACCUACGUAAUUCUGGCCGCCGGAGCUGUGUCAUCGGAGGUAUUGUACCUGGCAUACAAGGGAGAUACAUCCAUUACCUGGAGCGCAGCUUGUGGCUCCUACGAUGGAUUCUGCCGCAAGGCCACCGCAUCCGUAGCCAUCACAUUCGUUGCGGUGGUUUGCUAUACACUGCUUUCACUCCUUUCUUCGUAUAAACUUUUCAGCAAAUAUGAUGCACCAGUGGCCAACCCCGUUGCUGCUGCCUUUGGAGGCUGACCACAAUUGUGUUGGCACAUGCAUGCAUGAUUGAUCGUCAUUGGGAGUGCUUGGUUGUGACGCUGGCUCUUUGUAUGGCCAUUAUGUUGCUUAAUUCUGGAUCUUAACAUAUGGGACUGACCUGAAAAUCUCAGGCCUAUUUGCAAUAAGAACCCUUUUAAUCUUUUUAUUUCAGCUUCUGGGGCGGCUUUCUAUUGUAUAAUUAUUGUAUAUUAUGGCCAAACAAUCAGCUUCUCUCUCAGGGAGAAAGAAACAUGAGUUUUAGUCAAUAUUUCCAACACUGUUGGGAGUGUAUGAAUGCUAUAUUAUGAUUUCAUUAGAAGACUUCUUGUAUGUUAA